AUGGCAGACCCAUUCUUUCACCAAACCUAUCACAAAUCCUCCACAAAAAAAUUAGCCGUUUGUCUUUUUGGAGUCCUAACAAUUGCUGGAGUUUUUGCUUUUUCUACCAAUUUGCGUCCUGCUCAACCUUCAAAAUUCGCAAUUCAAGCAUUUGAGCUGCUAGAAGAAGAAUUCCAAGAUUUCAUCAUAAAAUAUCAUAAAAAUUACGCAAGCGAGGAAGAAUAUCAACAAAGAUUGAUCAUUUAUAAACAAAAUUCUGAACUAGUAAGGGUUCAUAAUUCCCUAAAUCUAGAAUGGGCAUUAGGAAUUAAUGAGUUUUCAGACAUGACUUUUGAAGAAUUCAAAAAAAUUUACCUGUCAAGCUAUUAUGGCUAUACAAGAAACAGAGAAAUAGAAGAAGAAAAGUUUUCUGAUAUUCCAACAGCUGUUGAUUGAAGGACUAAAGGCGCAGUAACAGCAGUUCAAACCCAAGGACCAUGCGAGAGUGGAUAUGCAUUUGCUUCUGUUGGCGCUAUUGAAAGUGCUUGGUUUUUAGCAGGACACUCAUUAAUAGCUUGCUCUGCUCAAGAAGUACUCGAUUGCUCAAAAUCAUACGGAAACCAUCAAUGUGCUGGAGGUGCCAAUGAUUUUGCUUUUAAUUUUGCAAUAAAGAAUGGCUUAGUAGCAGAACAAAAAUACCCAUAUACAGCGACUAAUAGCACUUGCAAGUCUUCAGUAAUUGCUAAUCCUGUUGUGUACGUAUCCAAGCUCAUUAAUGUAAAAGCUAACACUCCUUCAGCAUUGCUAACAGCUGUUGCAAAGCAGCCAGUCGCAAUUGUAGUGGAGGCUAAUGAAGUAGCAUGGAAAAAUUACCGCUCAGGGAUCGUAACAAGAAACUGUGGAACAGAACUGGACCACAGUGUCCUUAUAGUUGGGUAUUCUAAUACCACCAGCAACCCUUACUGGAUUAUUAAAAACUCAUGGGGUCCAGACUGGGGUGAAAAAGGGUACAUAAGGAUUGGAAUAACGAGUGGACAAGGAGUUUGUGGAGUCAACAUGGUUCCUUCUUAUCCAGUUGCAGGCACUCCUCCUUAA